CUUGACACGCAUUAGCCACGUACUCAAGUGUGAUAAUGCUCGUUCGGCUGUCAUCAGUGGUGUGUGCGCUUGGACUUGUGGGCUGGAGCGCUCUACCUUCAGUGCAAGCAGCGUUCUACGUGUGUCCGGAAGGAUGCGCCGCCAUGUUGUUACCUCGAGAUAUGGACAUGAUCGACGACUGCAUUUGUGACGACGGAGUAGACACCACAGCAGAGGAGGCGGCAGCAGAUGCUAGGGACACGGGUCAGUUCAUCUGCAAAGGUCGAUACAAGUCCAAACGCGGGGCACCAGUUCCCAGCUCCUUCGUAGACUGCGAUUGCUACCAUCCGUACGACAAAGACCCAAAGACACUAGAAUGCGUUUUAAACGGCUGCCCUCGUGCUGGCAACUACGAACCGAAACCAGACGUGCAACAGGUCGAGUCACUCGCUGACUGUACGUGCACACGGCCCUUUAUUAAGGUCGAAACCUCCGGUCAAUGUGUCCGCGGAGACGAAGCCCAAGCUCCUACUCGUGCUUACAAAUGUCCGCCGAACUCGACACCAACCCCGGAUAUCUCUCCGCAAUCGUUUGCUGACUGUCACUGCAGCUGGGGCUUCGUCCGCAACAGCCUCGAAGCUUGCGAACGAGAACACGCCGCGUAUGUUUGUCCUGUCAACUCUAUCAAGCGAUCGGAUCUUCCGAUUGGCGAACGUCCUCGAGGAUUCUUCGAUUGUGAGUGUCUCUCUACUGGAGACUACCAUCGAGAUGAAGAAACACACGCGUGUUGGCCUGUAUCUCAGAUGCAGGCUCGAAAGGCGAAGAGGAAACACAGCCAUGUUCGUGAGAACGAAGCCGACGAAUACGCCAACUUUGAAGUGGUGGACAGAGACGCCACAGCGUACACCUGUCCGCCAUUCUCUCGCGCUGUAGCCACUGUCCCUCACUCCAUUGAACAAUGCCAAUGUAUCCCCGGAUACGCCUGGAAGAUGCCCGACAUGACUUGUGUACGCACAUCAGCAUAUAAAUGCCCCGAACACGCUUACAAGCGCAGUAAACUGCGAAACUCCGAGGUCGAAACGGGAUUCGAAGACUGUGCGUGUGCACGUGGCUACUUCCUUGAUGCAGUGGCGCAACGUUGCGUACCGUGGAUGUUAGCCAACUCGAAUGCUUGUCCUCCGUUUGCUGUACUCACUCAAUGGCCAUUACAGAGUAAUGCCAACUGCAAGUGUGUGUAUGGCCUCAAUGAAACUAUCCUCGAAGAACAAGAAGAGGCUCAACGAGCAGCUAAAGACGAGCCAAUUGUGAAGAAGAGGAAGAAAGCAUGCAAUACGAGGCCAGUGGACGACACACGCCCCGAUUUCUCGCAGUGUCCGCAGGAUUCGAUGGCUACAACUUGGCCCGUGGAAGCUGCAGAUGGCUGCACGUGUCUAUCAGGUUAUGAAAUGGCUACAUUGAGUGAAAUCGAGUGGUCUCGUGGCGUCGGCGACGGAUUCCGCUGCGUCGCAUCGAAAGAGAAGAGUGUACUCGCCGAUGAAGCUGCAGCUGCCUGUCGAGCCCCGGGAGUAAUUCACUCGUUAAGUGGUGAGUGUCGACUACCAAUUGAGGAGAUUCCAGAGAAGAAACCCUCAAAUAAGAAACCGGAAGGAGUGCUGUUUAAGGGUAUUGAGUAUCAUUACGAACUCGUGGAUGACACGAUCAUGGUCAUUCAAGGUGACGUCGCUAUAGGCGAGCGAUUUGUAUGGGACGACGUGGAUCCGGACGAUCCCGAGGAAGUCACGACGCGUAUCGAACAUGUGCUACAUGGCUACUACGACUCCGGAAGAGAUCAUCGAUGGCCACACGAGAAAUUAUGUUUCCAAGUGGACGGAAGUGCUCGCUCGUAUCUACGCACCUUAUUGUCUGCUACAGAGCACAUCACACAUGCCACAGGCUUCAAAUUCCAUCGUUGCGCAGGAGAUAAUUGCCGGACAGACAUGAGUUGCAGAAGCCACGACUAUGUGGUUGUGCAAGGCGUCAAAGCUUCGUGCUACUCAUUCAUUGGACGUAUCGGCGGCCCGCAGCGACUCGGUGUGUCUGCAGACUGCGGACUGGGCAAUGUCGUCCACGUUCUACUUCACGCCGUUGGACUACGACACGCAGUGGACAGACCUGACCGAGAGGAACACGUUCGGAUUGCGUGGGAAUGUAUUCCUGAGUCCAAGCGAAGUUACUUUGUAGUGGAAGAGAUGAGCGCUGCGCCUACUACUCGAGCGAUUGACCGCGUGUUGGAUCCUCCUCCGUAUGAUCUCUUCAGUAUCAUGCACCAUCCAGUCGAUGCGUUUGUACACUCGGAUUCGGAUGAUACCAAGCCACAAUGGUGUCCUAGCAUCGUGCCAUUGAUCGCAGAGGACGAUAAACGUCUCGCAGUGAUGAAAGACAUGGGGCAACGUGAACGAAUGACCACAACCGACGUCAAGUCUGUGUGGGCCUUAUACCCAGGACUCAAGAAGAAACACCACGACCGUCAAAAGUCCGGAGAGAGUGGGGAAGCGCAAGUUGAAGAACUACACGACAGUUUCUUGCACACAGACGAAGAAACUGUCGAGACGGAGGCUGCUGCGUAUGGCGGACAACAACGUGGCUUUGGACAGAGACUGGUGAGUUUCUUGGGCGCAGUGGCGACGCUCGUGGGCUUCGGCGCGAUGCUGGCGUUCAUCACGACGGAGCUAAGACGACGCGCGCUGUUGAGCUCUGGUGACGACUAUUUCUAUGAGGCGCCGCUUAUUGACAGCAAGAACGACAUCUAA